CCGGGCGAAAGGGUAGUGUGUGUGUCGGAAAACUACCAAGUUGACUUGUGGCUGCCUGUGCGGGAGCCGGGACGGCUGCGCUCAUUGCCGGGGAGGUUUGUGGGCGGGGUUUGCGUGCUGCGAAAGACGAUAGAAACCGCCGCCGUAGCUGAGGCGAAGGAGGAGAAGAGGAGGAAGGCGAAGAAGAAGGAAAAAGGGAGAAAGAGAGAGGCCGUCGGCUGCCCGCCCGCCCAGAGCAAGUGGCCGCUGGCUCUGGAAUGGAAGCGGAGAAGAUGGAUGAGAAUGAAUGGCGAUACCACGGGGAAGGCAACAAAAGCCUUGUCGUCUCCCACAGACAGCGUUGUGUGGUACUACGUUUUUUGAAAUUUCCACUGAACCGAAAUAAGACUCCAGAAGAAAUAUUUCAUCAUCUUCAGAAUAUAGUGCACUUUUGCAAACACAUCAUGAAACAGUUUUUUGGGGAGAAUUAUGUUCAUCAUGGGGAAGUUGUACAGCUACCUUUGGACUUUGUAAAACAGCUUUGUUUAAAGAUCCAGUCAGAGAGGCCAGAGUCUCGCUGUGAUAAAGACAUGGAUACUUUUAGUGGUUAUGCUAUGUGCCUUCCUAACCUCACUAGGCUGCAUUUUGUUGAACAUCGACCAAUAAUUUGUAUUGAGAUUAAGCCCAAAUGUGGAUUUCUCCCUUUCUCCAGUUAUGUUUCACAAGAAAUAAAGUACAAAGUGUGCCGUUAUUGCAUGCAUCAACAUCUAAAGGUAGCAAAAGGAAAGUGGAAACGGCUAAGUAAAUAUUGUCCUCUAGAUCUCUUCUCAGGAAAUAAACAACGAAUGCACUUUGCCUUGACAAGCCUGUUACAGGAGGCACAGAAUAAUUUAAAAAUAUUUAAGAACGGUGAACUAAUUUAUGGUUGUAAAAAUAAUGUGGACUCUCCCUCUGAUUUAAAUGAACUUGCACACCAUCUGAAGCCUUUCUUCUUUCCUUCAAAUGGCCUAGUUGGUGGGCCCCACUGUACAAGGACUAUUCUGAAAGAACUGAUUCAUGUAAUAACAAUGACUCUACUGAGUAGCACAGAUAACUGCAAAGCAGGUGAUAUGAAGACUGUUCCCUCCUCACAAGGAUGGAGUUACUGUGAAGCUAGUGCGUUCAAUAAAGAGCUAGUAAGAAAUGGUAAAAAUAAAAUGGAGAGUUCUGGCUUGCCAAGGGAAUGUCUCCUCUACAAAACACUUCAGGCUCAGAUGCUGGACAUGCUGGAUAUUGAGGGCAUUUAUCCUUUGUACAGCAGAAUAGAACAAUACUUGGAAGAAUUUCCCAAAGAGAGGAAUAUGUUACAGAUUGAUGGACCUUAUAAUGAAUCAUUCUAUGAGAAGCUACUUGAUCUCUCAAGUGAGGAUGAUGGUACGGUCGCAUAUGCAUUGACAAAGGUUCAGCAGUAUAGAGUUGCAAUGACAGCAAAGGACUGCUCUAUCAUGAUUGCCCUUUCACCUUGUCAACAGGAUGAAUGUUCAGCAGAGAGGCCAGUGGUUCUGACUUCCAAAUCAAGAUUCACCUUUUCAGUCUCUGUCUUGGACCUAGACCUCAAGCCAUAUGAAAGUAUUCCCCAUCAGUACAAACUUGAUGGGAAGAUAGUAAGCUACUACUUGAAGAACACACAGGCCAAAGAUGACUCCGUAAUGUCAAGUCUCUUGAAAGAGAAUGAAGACUGCACACUAGUUCUUCAUAAAAUGUAACUGGCUAGAUAUUUAUUUGAACCUAGAGAAGGGGGGAAGGUGAAGAAUUAAGUUAUGUUGGUUUUCUAUUUACAGUUGUGCUUUAAAUUUUAUAUGCCUUUCAGAAACACAGAAAUACCACUCAGACCAUCUUGAAGGAAUGAGCUGACGGUAAAACAGACCUGUACAUACUCUUUAGAGCCAUUAGUAAAUCAGUUGCUCUGAAAGUAGUUAACUGUGACUACUUUAUGAUGCAUAGAAUAGACUUUUUUGAACUUAAUUCUUCAGUUCAUGGAAGCAGCAUUCCCAUGAGGUGUGCCUAUGCAACUCUGUGAAUAUUAUGUGCAUUGCUGAGUAGCACUUGUUCAAAGCAAAUGGUUACAGUGGCUCAUUUUACAUUUAAGAUAAUUCUGAAGCUGGCUAGCGGACCUAUACUGCUGCCUAGGUUGCAGCUUGCAUAUGAACAGAAAUAUAGUUUUCAUAGCCUUGUGAGAACAUACUACACUUUUUUUCUGAACAUAAUACUGCAAUGAUUGCUCAUAAUUGAGUUGAGUAAAUGAAAAUAAACUUGCAAAAGAAAAGUAUCUUAUUUAAGGAUAUAGUGAAAAACAUCUUUGCUUUAAUUAGUCAAGAGUAAAGCUGUCAAAACAAACUAGUUCAUUCUUAAAAACAAGCUCUUCCUUUAAAAAAGGAGCUUUGUGAAAAGUUCUGUAGAACAAUUUAAUUGCAAACAAGCCCUUUCUAAUAAUCCAGUUCUAACAAAAUAAUACUAAACCUCUUCUAGUAAUUCUUAUUUCCAAAUAAAAUGCUUACACCUAUCCCUCAUUGAUAUUCUGUUAUCUUCCAGUACAGCAAGUCAAUCCAAGGCUUAAAUGGGAAGCAACUUAAGAGUUAAAAAUACUGGCUUUGAUUUUUCUUGAGUGGUAGGUUUUCUUUUUCUAUUCAUGUUCCCUCUUUAGACAUUAAACCUGCAGUUCACUUUUCAAGGGCUUAUGAAUGCAGUAAUCGAGAGAUUCCAAUGUGAACUUUAUGUGCAUUGAAAACUUAGAUAGGCAUUAAAUAUCCUCACCAAAGGCAUAUUCUCUAGAAGUGCCUGUGCAUGAUUUGUCACUUGCCUUUGCUCUAUACUUUGUCUACAAAAAUAGGAAAACAGCGGAAACAUACUUAAGGAUUGGCAGAGUGAAGGCUCUGUGGAACCCUGGUUGUAGGCCUGACUUGUGGGUGGUGCUGUAAGGAAGUCCCUGCUCAUAUGCUGGCUGUGUGAAGGAUCCUCUGAAUGCAGAACGGUUACAGUGCCCACGGGGGCAGGCAGGCUUAUUGUGGAAAAGGAGCACGUGUCAUAUGGUUGUCCUGUAGCAGCAACCUUAACCCUAAGGGGAGCGAGCCUCUUAUACAAGCUCUGAGCAACUUCUGGUUAAAGCUGCUUCAGUCAUUUAGAAAGUAGCAGUGGCUUGGACCUGGGGGUGCACAAAAAGACCGGUGCUCCUGCUCACACCGUGCAGCUUCCUUGACUUCUGCAGGCUUCCCCAUCCUGCAGCCUUCCAGAGGCCCCUUUGGGUCUCCGGAAUGGCUUUGUAUGGGUGCGCUGGGAGGGGGAGCCAGGAAAACUCCACUGUAGGGUGCAGACGCUGCAAGUUUCUCUGGAUCUAAUCUGUUACCUGUAUUUCAACCGGAGCAUUUCGAAGUACCUUCUGUUCCAACUGACUUCUUUGUCACCAGUGGCCAGAUUUCCUUAACUUUUUUGAAAGGAAUCCUUAUCCCUUGCCAUACAGUUCGGCUGCUACAAUAACAUUAAAUGUAAUGGUAAUAGUUUAAAACCUAUAUUGUUUUCAUACUUACUGUUAUAAAUACUUUCUUAAUUUUGUAUGUAUCUCUAGUGAUUCUUACCCCUACUCAGAUUAAUACUGAAAACGCCUGUCUUGUGAGAGCAGUCCAACUUAAGACUUGGUUACAUAGAUGCUGCAUACCUUGAAUUGCAGAUUGUCAAGCCAUCCAACUGCAGAUUAGGGCAUCCAUCUGGUCUGAGAUUUGAGUUGGGUUGAGUCUAGUAAAGCUACAGCAGUUUUUAAUUAGUUAGCUAGCUGUGAAUGUUGCUGUGAUGCUAAGGAUUAAUACCUAACUCAAAGACUAUGUCUUGGGAUGUAAAUUUUCUGCCAGAAAGACUGUCAGUCCAUAGUUGCCCAAACAAUAAAGCAGAAUGAGGAAGUAGAACAAAGAGCUGUGUAGCCAGGUCCAUUUGCCGCUGCAUAUUGCAGAUGGAAACUAAACCAUGAGAACCAGGUCAGAUUGUGCCUAGUAUCACCUGGGGUUAGAAAGGCAGUUGAAAUGCUGCUUAAGGUACUCUCUCAAUUCUGGAUUUCAAGACUGGAGCUCCACCAAAUCGCUACACAGUUGCUUUUUAUGGAGACUAUUGAGGCACUUUAAAAGAGCAAUGAGAACUUUGAUGUAGCUACUAAUGGGCUAGAGUAGCAUUAAAAGCUCAUCGAACAGACCUACUCCUCAGAAAUAAACAGAGUGGGCUAGUUUGCAUGAUCAAAACAAGUCACUGUGGCUUGUUCUGAGCUGUGAAGUGUUGUAGGUACAAUUUGCACAAUCACAUCCAAGUUGUGAUUUAUUCUAUUGAGGCAAACCCAGGUGGCAUAACUUUUUGCAGGUUUAAAUAAAUCUAAAAUAACCCUACAAUGAGCCAUGAGUUACUUGAGGGUUGUUUAACCCUCCAAAGAACCAUGCUGCUUGGGUUUGUUCUAAACAAAUAAACCAUGGCUUGGAAAUGGCAAAUUGCACCUGACAUUUGUUUAAGCCAGGGUAGCCUGUUUAGGUUGUGUAGACCAGGUGAAUGGCAAGUUUUAUGUGAGUCAGUGCCCUCUUUUGUUGUUGUUGUAUUCUGUAUUUCCUGGGACUAAAAAAUCAACACCUUGCAAUUUGUAAAUCACAGUUUAUGCUUGGAUCCACUGUAAAUUAAAAUUUCACCCAUAUGUUUUUAUGAAAGAGGUGUUAUAAACCUGUUUUUGCCUUCAUUCACUGAUUGUGGAAGAAAUAGUUGUGCUACUGUAUGUUUUUUUUUUUACAUCUUAAGAUUGAUUUCAUUUAACUUCAAUCUAAAAAUCACUGUUACAUAUACAGCUGUGAACUGAAACUGCCACUUUUUAUAGACUUGAAUUUAUUAGGUUGAUCUAAAGAGGUUCUAGGAAAUGUUAUGGAAGGGGAAAAACCACUUUGAUUCAGAAAGUUAAUUUUUUUUUAAUGAAGUUCACUCAACUUGUACCUUAUUGUUUGGCAUUUUGUAUUUAAAAGGCGGUAUUUAUUUGUCAUUACAAUUUAUAUAUUUGUGCCAUAAUUGUACAGAUAGCAUGUUUUAUGGGUAUGGUUUCUAAAUGGAAGAUAACUUAAUGUUUAUAUUCAAUAAAAUGAUAGAUGUAUAA